AUGUCGCUGCACGAUAUUCUAUCUGGGGAUUUUUACAGCAGUUACAUCAAGCAAGGAAAUAUUUUGAUGCUCUCGGAGGGAAGAAGAGGGAUUGACAAUUAUGUAGGGCACUUGACAAUGUUCCUCGACAAGGAGGCAUAUGAGCGAGCCGGCUUGGUGGGGAAGCCGCAUGGCGUGAAAGGAAAUCGUGGGAUUAAGCCUCGUUGGAGUCACUCAUCCAUGGUCAAGGGAAAGAAGGGCUACGACAGACUGAUCUAUGCCAGCAAAAAUGCCUUCAGUGGGGCUGUGACUUGGCUUUUCUGCAAUAUGACUUCCACAGUGCCUGACCCAGACCCAUUGGCCACCCUCUCCCCAACCAGCUGCACGUCUAACCUAUCCAUCACACAAGACAUCGAUGCUCUCGUACCGAUCCUUACUCCACCAACAGGCACAUCUGAGCAAAUCGCCAGGGAUGAGCUCGAGGACUUCUCAUCCGAACUGUAUGAAUGGCUUGCUCUGGUCAGACUACAGAGUCCUCGCAUCCUACAAGGUGACAGCAUCGACCCGUACCUGUCAUUAUACCGCAUCCCAAAUGGGAGUAAUCCGGCCAAAAUCUGCAAGCUCAGUUGGCGAGGAUUUUUCUCCCCAUCAUGGACCCGUCAGACCUUGAUCGGCCUCUUCACAGUCCUCCCCUCCAAGACGUGGUUCUCUUUCAGUACAACCACCUUUUCAAAAGGCAUUGCCGGGGACAACACUGAGUGUACCUUUCUCCGACCGCCAAAUCGGCUGGGGGAGUAUCUCAUGUGGGAAGUCAGGAGUCAUGAGUGA